UUACGUCAUCAUACGACGCAUGACGCACAAAAUCUGCGCCGCAGAGCAGGGAGAGUGAUGGCGGCGCCUCAACAAAGACCAGAGAAAGAGAGCGAGGAUUGCUCUUUGCUUCCUUUAGUUCAUGAUAUUAUCAAAUGCAUGGACAAAGAUAGUCCGGAUGUUCACCAAGAACUGGCCAAGCUGAAGGUGAAAAUCCAGGAGGCUCGGGAGCAGAUCUCCAACAUGCCCGGGGUAGACAGUAGUCCGCUGGAGCAGCAGCAGCAGCUGGCGACACUGCGGGAGCAGGUCCGCACCAAGAACCAGCUGCUGCAGAAAUACAAAAGUCUGUGCAUGUUUGACGUUCCAAAAGCAUCAUGAAACGGACUGGAAUACUGUACUGACUGAAGGACAUUCACAGACAGUCAAGGUGCAUGUAUGACGUUAUGUUUUCAUUCUCGCAGAUGUGGCCUUCAACAAUACGGGAUGGAUGUUAAAAUGAGAAAGGAUUUUUUCCCUUCAGAAGGAUCACUUUGAAAGAUGUCUUGAACGUCACACAAUGUCCUCUUUCGGCUUCUGUUUGCAUUGUGAGAAUACAAACAAAUGUUAUGUUGUGUUUAUAUUGAAUGUAGUUUUACAGUAUAUCAUUUUCUAAUCUUAUUUUCUUGAAAUGUUUCCUUUUUUGUAAUAAAUUCAAUAAGGAAUAUCGGCCUAAAGCCUUUUAAUCAGCAUACUGGUUGCACACAUUAAUUUGAGCCGGUGGCCUUCAUCAUUAAUCAAGUACAUUGUUGACACAUGCUUCUAUCAGUACACAAAGCAAUUAUCCGCUGUGGUUGUUGCAAUUCAGACUUGAAGGGGAUUAGACAUACUAAAUCAAAUUGUUCAGUUGUAUGUGUAGGCUCAUCCAAAUUGAAUAGCUGGUGGCUCAUGGCUGUAAAAGCUCAGUGAAUGUGCUCUAACCAGUUUGGUGAGUGGGUUUUUGGACCCUCAGGUCAGUAUGUUGCAAUUAUCUUGUGUGUGAAUGGAAAUGAUAAGCUAUGGGGCGACAUUAGAUAUAUUUUAACAAAUCGACACAACACAAUAAAUUGCUAUUUUAAAAAUGCAGAAUACUGUA